AUGUCUGUAAAACAGAAGCGCAGAAAGAAGAGAGGAGUUGAUUACAAUGCUGAAAUUCCAUUUGAGAAGCGUCCAGCUCCUGGCUUCUAUGACACAUCGCAAGAAGUUUUUGAUCCCUUAAACCCCAACUACAAGAGGUUACGACAACAAAAUUUAGAUGGAGAUCUGCGUAGAGAAAAAGAAGAGAGAGAGAGAAAGAAGGACAAGCUAAAACAGAAAAAAAGGAAAGAAAAUGAUCUUCCUGGAUCAAUAGCCAGUCAAGCCAAUUUCCAAGAGCCAGUGAAGAAGAGAAGCAAACUUGUACUGCCAGCACCACAGAUCUCAGAAGAGGAACUUGAAGAGGUAAUUAAAGUAGGUCAAGCUAAUGAGUAUGCCAGACAGCAAGUAGAGGAAUCUGGUCGCGAUGACUCCGCCUCUAAAGGUCUGCUGCAGGAUUACAACAUCACACCUGGCGGCGUCAACCUGCGCACACCUAGAACACCUGCUGUACAAGACACUAUUCUCCAGGAAGCUCAAAACAUAAUGGCCCUGACCAAUGUGGACACCCCACUGAAGGGAGGUUUGAACACACCACUACACGACAGCGACUUCAGUGGGGUCACCCCCCAGAGGCACGUUGCUGCCACCCCCAACACAGUGCUAGGAACUCCACUUAGAACUCCAGGACACCCAGACAUAGGAUUAACACCCAGACCAGGCAUACAGAGACCUAACACUGACCAGUCCACUCCUAUGUCCACACCACUAAGAGACAAGCUGAAUAUUAAUGAGGAUGAUGAUAUGGGAGAAAAGAUGUUCCAGCCUGAUCAACUGGAUCAACUCAGGAAAGGACUGGCCGGUCUCCCCAUGCCUAAAAAUGAUUAUGAAAUAGUUGUGCCAGAAGACGAGCAGGGGAUGGAUGGGGAGGGCCACGGGACCAGGAGGGUGGUGGAGGAUCAGGCAGACCUGGACGAGAGAGCCGAGUGGGAGAAGGAACAGAAACGUCUGGCUGAACUCAAGCUGCGGUCACUUGCUGUCCAGAGGAGUUUGCCCCGACCCUACGACGUGAACACCAACAUCAUGCGACCCUCAGGUCCUAAUGACCCCCCUUUGACAGAACUACAAAAGGCAGAAGAGCUGAUCAAGCAGGAAGUGCUGAUAAUGCUGCAUCACGAUGCUGUCUUCUGUCCUACUGAUGCUCAGAUGGGUGUGGGGCCAGGUGCUAAAACCCCAGCCCCACAGAAGGUAGCAGCCAACCAGGCAGCACAUUUGGCCUAUCUGGACAAGAACCCCUACACUGAGAUAGAUCCCAAUGAUAUGAAAAAGGCUGAUGAGCUGCUGCAGAAAGAAAUGCUGGUUGUUAAGGAAGGAAUGGGUCAUGGUGACCUCUCACAAGAAGCUUUUGCUCAGGUCUGGGAGGAGUGCUACUCACAGGUCUUGUUUUUACCCAGCCAGAACAGAUACACUAGGGCCAACUUGGCCAGCAAGAAGGAGAGAAUAGAGUCACUAGAGAAGAGAUUAGAGACCAACAGGAACCACAUGACCAGAGAUGCCAAACUAGCUGCCAAGUUUGAGAAAAAAUUGAAAAUUUUAUUAGGUGGAUACCAGUCCAGAGCCCAGGGUUUGGUGAAACAGUUCCAGGAAGUGACAGAACAAAUAGAGAACACACGUGUUGAGCUGAACACAUUUGAACACUUAAGGCAGCAUGAACUGGGAGCCAUUCCAAAGAGAUUAGAGUCCCUGACAGAGGAUGUCCAGAGACAGACAGAGAGAGAGAGAGAAUUACAAAGACGUUUCAGUGAACUGCAGCACCAACGAGAUAUUUUGUACAACCAGGAGAACUAGGUUUUGUCACUGUGUCUAAGUCUAGUGUCUUUUUUCACCUGUCUGUAUGGGGGAAUAAAGUUGUCUGACACAUUUUUUCACCUGUGGACAUCAUAUUUUGGCUAGUUCUCUCACCUUCAGUGCUGUCUUAAUGUCACCUAGACCAGAAUACCUGAGAAUAACUGACUAAAGUUUGUAGAGCUUGUUCAGACAGGACUGUGUUUAGUACAGCUACUUGUAGGAAUGUGGGGUCGUCAGUCUGUUCUGUUAUCAAAAAUGUAUGACAACUUUUAUAUAUUUUUAAUGCAGUUCCAUUGCUAAUUUCUAAAGUAUUCUUGUUUUUGUGUGGGGAGGUGUCCUCAAAAUAAAAAUUUUUAAAUGUG